UAAGACACGAAAAAAACAAUGAAAGUGAAACUGAAGGUAGACGUUGUUAACAUCACAUUAGUCUAUAGUGAAACCCUUAAAGAAAAUGAAAUGAGGGACAGUUGAAAUUCUUUAUUUUUAAACCCUCUAGAUGGUCAUUUUUUAACCAGCUGAAUUGAUUGAUACCAUGGCAGAGGUUGAGAUGGAUGAAUUCCCUGUGGUGUUUAUAGACCCUGUCUAUGCUACAGUCACCAGUUUGUCUGGACUAGAUGAUGGGGAUGAUACUGCUGAUCUAAAAUGGAUAGAAAAUUGUGGGAUGUCUGGGGGGAUAAUCAAGUUCUCAACACAAGGAUGUGUACAGAGAAAAUCCAAUGUGAGCUACUAUGUAAAGAUGGCAGAAGAAACAAGUACAGAUAUGAUAGCAGACUAUUUCUACAAAGCCUGGAAGUUAGGGACACCUAACAUAGUGGUAUCUAUUAUAUCUAACCCUGAUCUAUGGAAAAGAUGGAAGAAUCAGAAACAAAGAGACGAUUUCCAGAAGGGGAUAGUGGAGGCAAUAAAUACGACAUCCAUGUGGUUACUAACAGAUGGUACUAACACUGGUGUUUCUAAGAUGAUAGGAAAUGCUAUUAAGAAGGAGAAAGAAAGAAGACAUUUAUUAGCAGCCAAUAUUUCUAAGCAGCACUUAGUUUCAGAUAAUCUUGAGAAACUACCCAAAAUAACAGCAAUAGGAGUUAUUCCUACUUCUAAAUUGUCCUAUGCUGAAGUAUUUGAGACCCAGGAUUCAGAAAUCAGCAUUGAGUUGAGUGAUCAAGACAACAUGUCGCUGUUAGAGGAACUAAAUCCUGACCUUACCAACUUUAUAAUGUUAGAUCAAGUUAAGACUAACCAAGAUGUAAAUGAUUAUAGACUAGCUAUAGAGAAAAGAUUCAGACGUCCUGUUGGCAAACCAAAACAGUACAGAAAAAUUGAUGAUAAUGGAUCAGGGGAAGUAAUCACAGGUACCACUACUCCACUUGUUGGUCUGCUGAUUCAAGGUGGUAGGACAGAUAUAGAACAUGUUUGUGAUCUGAUCAAAAUCAAAGUACCAAUAGUCAUUCUGAAAGGAACAGGAUCUGCUGCUGAUCUAUUCUCAUUUGCACAUGACGAAAUAAAAAAAAGGCCUGAUGAAGAGCAUGUGAAUUCAUAUGUUAAACCUGAACUUCUAAAAAGAUUGAUGAAGGCAUUUCCUAAUGAAUUUAAGAAUGAUGUUUUAGCCAGAAAUCAAUGUAGAGACAGGAUGGUUGAAUGUAUACAGUUUUCUUUGAAGGAUACAUUUCCCACAGUUCCUUUAAAAAGGGUUGAACAAAAUUUUGUGACAGUGUUAGACAUUGAUGCUGACACCAGUGUUCUACAGAAUUUAAACAAGUACAUUCUUCUGGCUUUGUUUGAAUCACAAGAACCACAGAAAGGUAGAAUGCUUCAAGAACAACUGCAGAAAAACUUGAAACUGACAUUAGACUGGAAUAGACAGGAUCUAGCAUUAUCACAGAUAUUCCAGAAGUAUGACUGGGUUAGGAUAAAGAUUUCCAAUAAUUUGUUGGACUUAGCCAUGAUGAAGAAGGACAGACACAAGUUUGUAGAGUUAUUCUUAGACAGGGAUGCGAUAGAAGUGCACAAAUAUUUCAGCCAUAAAAAGUUUCUGUAUCUUAUAAACCACUUUGAGGAUCCUGAAUUCUUCCGCACCAUUUGCCUCGGAGAAAUGUUGGGUUAUUCACCAAUUUCAGACUAUCCUGUUGGUAAAAGAUUUGUAUAUGGAUACAAAUGUGGUAUGAAUAAACUAUUGUAUAAAGCAACAUAUCUGACUCAGCUAGCUUCAUUUACUGAUUUUGAAGAAAUUGAGGCAAUGGAUGGCAAUGUUUCAGCACCUGCUGUAGCUGAAAGAAAGGCCUUCAAUAUCUUAGUUUAUUGGGCAGCAUUAAAUUUUGAUGCAGAGUUAACAAAGACAUUGUGGAAGAAAACCGAGGAACCAAUGGCAAUGGCAAUUAUUGUCAGUAUGAUUUGGCAUAGAAUGGCAAAAAAAUGGUGUCCUGAUGUUGACUUAAAAAGGAGGCUUUUGGCAUCUUCAAGAGAAUUUGGCAAAAUGGCAGUUCAGUUAUUAGACUACAGUUACAAAGAUUCUAACAUAAACACAAUAGCACUGUUGGAUGAACGUCUAGAGGACUUCAAUUUCAAGACUGUUAUAGAACUUGCUCAUAUGUCAAAGAAUAAGCAUUUUAUUGCCCACUAUAUCUGUCAGAAGUGGCUUAGACGAAGGUGGUUUGGAAACUUACUUAUUAGAAAGUAUGAUUGGGGACCUGUUAAGAUACCUAACUGGGUGAAGAUUUAUUUGAGCUUGGUACUGAUUUUCCCAAUGUUUAUCUGGAUAGAGUAUGAUUUAGCUGAUAAAAAAAGGAGGCAGGACAAAAUAAUGGAUGAUGAUUAUGAUGAACAGACAGAGAAAGAUGUACCAUUAACUAACCACCAUAGACCUGUAUUUGUUGAUGACUGGAUAGUGAAACCUACAGAAACAGUUGCCUUUAAAAUGAGAAGUGUUUGGCAGUAUGGAAGAGAGAGACUGAAGGUUCCAAUACAUUUACAGUUUUAUUAUUUAUGGAGUGCACCUAUCACCAAGUUUUGGCUUAAUCAGGUAUUUUAUAUCAUGUUCCUGAUUUUAUUCAGUUUGGCCACAUUGUACCCAUACUGUGGUGUAUUUUCACUUGAUAUAGCUGUAUUUACCUGGAUUUUAAUGAUAUGGGCAGAACUCGUAAGAACUACAUUUGUUAAAAGAAAGAAAUACAAAGAGAUGGAUUUGUUCUGGACAGUAUUUGAAAUAUUUGUGAUGGCCUUUUUAUUGAUGGUCAUUUUGACAGCAAGGAUACCACAGUAUUUCAAGCCAUUCUUUACCUACCUGACCACUAAGUUUAUAAUGAGUUUAGGUCUGCUCUAUUUCUACUACAGAGUGUUGGUUGUAUUCUUACCUAUCAGUUCAGUACUUGGACCUAUGCUCAUCAGCAUUAAAAGAAUGGUAAAACAUGACUUUUUGACAUGGUUUAGGAUGUAUUUGAUCAUUAUGGUAUCAGGUGCUAUAACCAUGCACGCAGUUCUGUAUCCAAACUUUCCCUUGGAGCCUGAAGGAAUAAGGGUGGCACUGUCUAGAGCUUUCUUUGCUAUGUUUCUUACAAAAAUAGAUGAUUUAGAAGGUGCACCAUGUUCCAAAAUAUAUGAAAAUACUACGGUUAUUGGUCACUGUUAUAAUAAAGAUUCUGCAUCACUGUGGACUAGGAAGCAUUUCAACACCACUAAUCUUGCCUCAGCACCAGGAGAUACUACACCAAUAGAAAAGUGUCCAUACAAUAGUUUAGGAGGUUACCUGAUAGUUAUACAGUAUCUACUUAUUGUUAAAUUGAUAAUGGUUACUUUACUGUAUGCUUUGUUUAGCUCUACUAAUUCUAAAGUACAAGGUGAAUCAGAAUCUAUAUAUAAGUACCAGAAGUAUAGUCUGAUUAUAGACUUUGAAGAGAAGCUAAUCCUCCCUCCACCAUUAAACAUCAUCAGCUAUAUCAUAAUGCUACUCCAGUGUAUAUUCAGCUCAUGCAGGUAUUGUUGGAGAAGAUGCUGCAGGCGUUUAUCUGAUUGCUGCAAGAAAAAAAAGGAAACAGUAGAUGGAGCUAGUAAGAUAAAUAUCAUGAUGACUCAGUAUACAGAGAACUACAGUUAUUGGGGGAACUUUGUCAAGAAAUUGGAAACUGAUGAAGAGCAGCUUCAAGCGGAAGAUAACAGGGCUAAUAAACAAAGUCAAAUGUUAGAGAGUAUAAUGAGCCAGUUUUUACAAGAAAGAAAAUUUGAUGGUAAAUUAGUAGAACAGAUUUCUAAUUUGGAACAGAAUGUUACUAACUGUCAAAUGGCACUUGAAGAACUAAGACACAUGAUUGAGAAAAUCAAUCCACAGUUGCAGCCAGCCUUGGUAGCAGAAAAGAGUUUUAUACAUGUGCUCAGUAGAAGAUCACCUUACCCAGAGACAACUGUAACCAGAUUUCCUGUCUUUGAUAAAUAUGUGCCUUGGGAGAUACUAUACAUUACCUAUGAUCCAGUUGUAUAUUCUUUCCCCAAAGACAAUUAUCCAGAGAAGACACAACCAUAUGUUGAUCAAGACUAUCUACAAUCUCUAGUAGACAGUAAAGCCAUGUCUAUGCAGAAUGUGAGAGAAUCAGAAAUAGUUAGUAUAAUGCCUGCAUGGAAUGCAUCUACAACUGUUGUUAUUAAAGGCAAGAAGAGGUCGAUAGACAGAAAAACUUACAUUAAACAAGAUGGAGUCAAAGUUAAAUAUCAGCUAGAUACCUGUAAUUUACCUAUUAACCCACGAGGAAGAACAGGUUUAAGAGGAAGAGGGAGACUACACAGAUGGGGACCUAAUCAUAAUGUAAUGGUGGUUAUCACACGUUGGAAAAGGAAAGAUAACUCUGAUGAUUUCCUGAUCGUUGAUGAUAAAAGAGUGUUGGAAACGAUAGCCAUACAGAAUAAUGACAGUUCAGAGUAUUCAUUACCAAGGGGAGGUGAUUAUGGAUAUUUGACUAUGUUUAGUGCUGUAUGUCAGAAGUUUUUGACCUUCACAGCAGAAGAUACGGCUACCAAGGUCAAUCCAGACAUGGAAGACACUGAUAUGAUAAAGUUUUUCCGACAGUUUUCUCCCUCCCAUGGAUCUUCAUCUCCCUUUACUUCCACUGUUAUCUACAAGGGAUAUUUUGAUGAUCAGUAUAAUACAGAUAAUGCAUGGAGAGAGGUAGAGGUAUGGAAUCUACAUUUUGAUGAGGAAGACAGAGAGAAAGAAUUUAACCUUAAAAAUAAAGAGAAGAAAUGGAAGACUGUCUCUUCGUACAACACCUUCCUUGGAAGUCAGGACUUGAUACUUAGACAGGCUGCUAAUCUACAUAAUGCCUAUUACUGAAUGUAUUAUAAAUGUGUUAUUGUUUGUUAUUGACCAAAUUUUGUGGCUUUUAAUUGUGUGGUGAAACUAUAAAAUCAAAUGCCCAAAUUUUAUAUGCUUUGUUAGCAAAGUUGUCAGUACAUUUUUAUAUAUCCUUGAAUUGAUUUCACUAGUUAUAUGGUUCUUUGCCAAGUCUCAAUUCAGGUUUUUUUUUUUUAACAAUUGACAUUUUACAACAAUUCACAAAUAGAGGAAUGUUCACAGUAAUACAAUUGCCCAGCACUUUCUUUGAAACUUGACACUUUUCAUAGGAGCUAUGACCAUGGAAUUGGUACUUUGCACACAUUCUGCUUAAACCAGGACACAGCAUGGUUCUCUGUACAGCUAAUGUCAUUUGUAUGAAAGCGGAUAAGAUGUUUAACAAUAUUUAAGUGAGACCCUCAUAGGUAGUCAAGGUUGUUAAACAACCCCCUUGUAGUACAUGUACAUUUUUUAAAGUAGAUACUUUUGUUUUCAUGGGGAAAAUGCAGUGCAGAGUCUUUGGUUAUAUUUUAAUUGUAUACUGUAAAAGGACUUCUAUUUAUGAUAUAAUACUAAGUUUAUUUAUUUAGUUUUAUACAAAUCCUUGGUUUUAUACAUAAUGAAAAAGCUUAACUUAAAAAAGAUAUUGGUAUGAUUCAAAUUCUUUCUGAUAUAAAGUUGGACUUUUAUGAUUUCCAUAUUGACCAUUGAAGUAGAUGAAAUUGUAAGAGAAAAGUUGUAUUUUAGAUAUUGAAAUAAAGUUUUAAUAGGCUGAUGAUUUAUCAAUUCAAUAUUGACAGAAAAAGUCUUAUGAACCUUUGAACUAAUGAUGGAUUUUUUUUUAUCAAUUAUUUCAAAAUCCAGGUCAAAGAAAAAAAAGAAUAAUUUAUUUGUUUACAUUAAGAUAUAUUGUUAAGUGUGAUUUCUGAUUGUACUUUUUUUUACCUCUGUAUUUUAGUUUUGAUUCUGAUUUUUUUUUACAUGUGUUCAGUUCUUAAGUGCUGUUUUUUAUAUUUACAUAUAUGCUGUUUUGUAAAGUAAUUUGAUGAUCUAAUCAUUUUAGACUAUACCUCCCACUGUUUUAGUAUAAAAAUGAGAGCAUUUUCUUUCAUUUCUAGUCAUUAACAUUUUGAUGUGCCAUUUUAAGCACCUAAAAUAAAGUCACUAUUGCAUAAUAUUUAUGAUGAAACUACUAUGUAAACAUCAAAUAAAAGAUUGUAGCUAAUUAUA